GACCCCUCCACUCUCCACUCUCAAUCAACAGCAUCAUGUCCUCCCUCCUCCGUGUCCGCAUCGCGCGUCCCGCCGUCCGCCCCGCCUCCAACCUCUUCUCCACCGCCCGUCGCAACGUCCACGAGCUCUACGCCAGGGACCCGGCCAAGGCUAAGGCUUUUCUCGAGCAGGAGGAAGCCGUCGAGCACCACGCCAGCUCCACCGCCGGUCUCUGGUACAAGAUCUCGCUCUUCCUCGCCAUCCCUCUCUGCGCCGCCUCGCUCAUCCGCUCCUACAAGAUGGAGAAGGAGCACAUCCACCAUCUCUACCACGACGCCGAGCACUACGACGAGGAGUCCGCUCCUAACGAGUUCCCUUACAUGAACGUCCGCAACAAGGACUUCUUCUGGGGCGACGGUGACAAGACCGCUUUCUGGUCCGUUGCCAACCACCACAAGAGAUCGUAGACUAUGCGAUCUUUCCAUUUCUCUUUCUUCUGGAUUACCAUCACAUACGCAUCUGAUUGUCUUGUUUUUUGUUUUUAAUAUAUUCCAUACAACAUAUCCGUCUCAUCGACUUCUCAACUCACAAAACACAAAACAACGCAGGAGGUGCUAUCAUAUGUGUCUUCACCAUCCCUUACCAUCCACCGUCAUCCUCCCUUCCCAUUUUCAUAAUUCCGAUCUGAAUAGUGGAUUUGCUUCAUCUCCAGCUUUACUCUCUCAAACUACAUAGUCGUCAUAGCAGCCUAGUUGGUGCAUACGGACUUCCAAGAUAGAUUCAUCAUCAUCUCCAACCUACAGGAUUUAGACAUGUACGC